AUGACGACGUGGCUUCGUGUGCUUGUACAGCUUAUUCUUGCUGGCACAUAUAUCCCUAUAUCCUUUAAGAAGAGUCAGCUGAACAAGGAUAAAACAAUGACUGAACUACCAUCACCAUCACCACUGACACCAGCAGAUUUCCCUGCCAAACGUACUGUCACCGAUGUCUACUUAAUGCCCACGCUCCCCUGCAACAUCCACAUUGCCAAAACAAUCUCCUUGACAAAUACCCGAAUUUCUUUGACACCAGCCACAUUGCCAACCAACUGCCAACAGUACGAUUAUCGAUUAUUUCUCUGCCACCAGUCAUGCUGCCAACCAACUGUCAACCAGUUCCCUGCCAACAGCGACAUACCAGCAUUAGCACACUUCUCCUGUCUUCAAGAAAAGAAGAUGCAUCCGUCCGCCUUCGCCUUCGUGUUGGUAACCCUGCUGUCGGUUUCCCUGGGUUCUGCCCAAGAAUCCGAACACACCAAGAAGUUGCUGGAAGCGCGCAAGACCCUCGAGGAGUUCACCGUGCCCGCGUUGAAGGAGAACCUGCAAAGCCGCUCCAAUGUUGAGUUCUACGUCAAGUGCGUGGUUGGCACAGGCCCAUGCAACAAAGUUGGCAUCGCUCUCAGUAACCUCCUCGCCCCCGGGCCCCAGGGAGCCACGUUCUGCGGCGGCUGCACUGACACCGAGAAGGUGCGAGUGAAGGUCGUGCUCGACGCUCUGGAGGCCGACUACAAGGACCUGGCGUGCGAGCUUCACAACUUCAGCGAGAUUCCGCUGUUCUCUAAGAAUCCCUGCGCUUGAAGCACGAGGUCGCAAGGCAUCAUCACACGAAGGCAAGAGUGACCACGAGUUAAUUACGAUUCAAUUCAAGGAUGAUGACGUGGCUUCGUGUGCUUGUACAGCUUAGGCAAUAAAUGUAAAUCUCGA